AUUCUGGUUUUUGUUCUUAAACGUAUUGAUUUGGUGUAUAUAAGAAUUGUUCAUACACAGAUUCUUUAUCAAGGCUUUCUCAAUCCCUAUCUUAUUCAUCAAAUGCAAGGAAAAGAAUAGAGAAAAGGAAAGGAGAAAAUCUUUUUAAAUAUAUGCUAAUACUUCUUUAUUCAGCUUUUAUUUUUCCUUUUUUCUUAUUUUAAAACAAAUUAUGUGAGUAGCAUUAAACAAUGGAAUAAUUGAUAUGAGUCUUUCAAGUUUGAUUGGAGAUCGUAUGACAACAUCGACAUAUAUGUUAAACUUUUGUAAACAAUAGGAAUACUAUAAGUUGAAAGAGUUUAAAUUUUAUGUAUCAUGCCAUCAACAAAGUAAAACACAUACAUUAUCUGAUUAUUUAUAAGGUAAUUUAAAAUAUUUUGCAAUUUGAGUACAUAUAACUUUUGAGAAAAAGAUUAUACAUAUCUUAAAUGCAUAAAAUAAAACAUCGAAAAUAGGGGAAGGAAUCGAGAUAUAGUAAAAAAUGAUUAAACGGUCAUUUAUGUCUGGGUAGAUUUAGAAUAGCUCCUUGAGUAUAAUAUCUUAAGCAUAUUUGAUCAAAUUUUGUUUCCGAGAAAUAGUUAACAAAUUGUAACUACAAAAAUAUAAAGAUUUAAUGGGAAUUCACAUUUAGAGAUGCAGCUUUUGCAAUUUUUUCCAUUUUUGGUCUAUUUCUGGUGUCGCAACUUUUGAGGUGCAAAUUUUGUUUAUUUUGGUCUAUUUCUAAUGUCUGUUGUAAUUUUUGUGUUGUAAUUUUUAGCAUUCGACGGGAAUUUCCUAGCAUUUCUAGUUAAAGUGCUCAGUUUUGAUAAACUUAAAAUACCGAAACUACUCAAAAAUAAACUUAAGAGACUAUUUUGAACUUACCCACAAACAUAAUUACCAUUUUUGUCAUUUUCUCAAGAAGUAGUAUAAGGGGUCCCAAGUUUUUAAGUUUCACCAAUUCAAUCUGAACGUCAGCAUUCUCCCGAACACAGAAGAAGAUGGUAGUUUGGUCUUACCCACCAACACUGAAACAGCUCAAACUCAUUUGUAUGGUAGGUUGUAACUUGCGAAUGUUCAUGAACAAAUGGUCUUUGUUUCAUUCUGUGUGACAAUACAUACUGUGGUAUGAAAUGCUGCCUUGUUUGUGAGUUAUCAUCAACAGCAACAACUAGCCGUUACUCGCUGCCAGCUUUGGAGGGAAACCCGCAACCACUAACUUUCGGAUGCGCACUGGGUAAGCUGCUCACUGCGCAAUAGCUUGCAAAUCACACAGGAAAUAUAAACCACGAGUUCUGAUUGAGGAGGUUGCUGGUGAGGAGAAUCGAUCCCAGUUAUGGCUUCUGCUUCAUUUCUUUCAACAAUCGGCAAAAGGCUAGAGGGGAAAGUUGCGAUUGUAACCGGAGGAGCUAGUGGCAUCGGUGAAGCAACUGCAAAGCUCUUCUCCGAACAUGGAGCCAAAGUGGUCAUUGCUGAUGUACAAGAUGAACGCAGCAACUCAGUUAGCAACGCCCUUGGAAGCCCAUCACACUCCAUUUACAUUCAUUGCGACGUGACAAAUGAAGACCAUGUCCAAAAUGCCGUCGAUAGAACCAUCUCCACAUUCGGAAAACUCGACAUCAUAAUCUGUAAUGCUGGCAUAUCCGACGAGACCAAGCCAAGAAUCAUCGACAACACGAAGGAAGAUUUUGAACGGGUGCUCAGUAUAAACGUGACAGGAGUUUUCUUGUGCAUGAAGCAUGCUGCUCGUGUCAUGGUCCCGGCACGUAGCGGUUGCAUCAUUUCCACCGCCAGCGUAAGCUCCAGAGUCGGAGCUGCAGCAUCACAUGCAUACUGCAGCUCCAAACACGCCGUGUUGGGGCUUACGAAGAAUCUGGCGGUGGAGCUGGGGCAAUUUGGUAUACGAGUGAAUUGUUUGUCGCCCUACGCGAUGGUUACGCCAUUGGCGACGAAGGUUGUGGGGCUUGAGAAUGAAAUGUUUGAGACGGCGUUGAGUAUGGCUGGGAACCUUAAAGGAGCGAUAUUAAGGGUGGAUGAUGUUGCAAAAGCAGCACUGUUCUUGGCAGGUGAAGAUUCUAAGUAUAUCAGUGGGCACAAUUUAUUCAUUGAUGGCGGAUUCACUGUGUAUAAUCCAUCACUAGGCAUGUUCAAGUAUCCAGAAUCUUGAUAUAAGGAUUUGCAGUUUGUUCUUGAAAUAAUGUUGCAUAGCAGCUGCUAAUUUAAUUAUUAUGGGAAUACAGACUUUUGAUUUUAGAACUGAUGAUAUUUAUCAUUACCUUUACAGAAUGCAGCUGACAUUCAAUUGGACUUCUGA